CUUUGGUUCGAUAACAUUGCCUCCUGCCUCGAACACAUAUUUUUGUGAAAUACGAGCCUUGUGCUUUAAAAAUAAGAGUUUAUUUAAUUUAUUUUUUUUUUAAAUAAUUACCGACUUUGCUAAAAUAGCAGAAAUGUCUGUCCUCCGGACAAUUACCUUACUUGCCUUGGGUGCCACAAUGGUACUUGCACAAAGAAGACUUGCCUUGCCAGAUCCCCGUAGCUGCGCGAACCGCGUUCGACAUGCGACAUAUCGUGAUGCCCGCAACGUCGCUCACUCGUACUUCUUCAGUUGGGAACACGCUCCCACACGCACUCUCGAGGUCGAUUGGUUGGAUGCCCGUAACAUUUGCCGCAGACACUGCAUGGAUGCCGUCUCCUUGGAAACUCCGCAAGAAAAUGAGUUCAUUAAGCAACGUAUUGCACGCGGAAAUGUUCGUUAUAUCUGGACCUCGGGUCGCAAAUGUAACUUUGCUGGAUGCGAUCGUCCCGAUUUGCAACCUCCAAAUGAGAAUGGAUGGUUCUGGUCUGGAUCUGGCGUCAAGAUUGGACCAACUACGCAACGUAACACCGGAGAUUGGAGUUACACUGGCGGAUAUGGACAAGCCCAACCCGACAAUCGUGAAGCAGCUCAAGGAAAUGACGAAUCUUGCUUGUCGAUCUUGAACAACUUCUACAAUGACGGACUUAAAUGGCACGAUGUUGCUUGCCAUCACUUGAAACCCUUCGUCUGUGAAGAUUCCGAUGAACUUUUGAACUUUGUCCGUUCCCGCAACCCCGGCAUCAGAUUGUAAACCAUCGUUGACCAACCAGAUUCGGCGCCAGUUAAUUUAUAACCACCCGCUUUGAGAAAAAAAAAAGAAUUAAAAAAUUGAGGAAAACUUUAAAUUUCUUCCAAAUUUUAAGAGUUUUUCUGAUUUUUUAUUUA